CUGCCCCGACACCACGCCCUGGAGCCCUCUCCCGCUUCCCGUGUCUCCAAGGUGACCGUCUCCGUAGCGACACGGUGGGUGGCAGGAACCUGGAGGACCCGGAGAAAGGGCAUCACGAGCCCGGCGGGGCGGGGGAGGUCGGGCCCAGAGUCCAGCCCCGCCCGGGCUGUCACGUGAGGGUGGCACGCCGGUCAUGUGACCGCAGCCCGCGGCAGAGAGGAGAUGGGGACCCGGCUCCAGCCGGCCCUCCCCUGGGCCCUGACCCUGCUGCUGGCGCUGGGGCUGUGCCGCCCGGAGGCUGGGGCCCACAGAGUCCCCCCGUGUGACUUCCAGGAGGGCUACUUUGAGCAGCUUCUGGACCACUUCAACUUCGAGAGGUUCGGCAACAAGACCUUCCUCCAGCGGUUCCUGGUGUCAGAGAGGUUCUGGAAAAGGGGCGAGGGGCCCAUAUUCUUCUACACGGGCAAUGAGGGCGACGUGUGGUCCUUCGCCAACAACUCGGGGUUCAUCCUGGAGCUGGCGGCACAGCAGGGGGCCCUGGUCGUCUUCGCGGAGCACCGGUACUACGGGAAGUCGCUCCCUUUCGGAGAGCGGUCCACACAGCGCGGGCACACGGAGUUGCUGACCGUGGAACAGGCCCUGGCCGACUUCGCGAGGCUGCUCAGCGCGCUGCGGCGGGACCUCGGGGCCCAGAACACCCCCGCCAUCGUGUUCGGUGGCAGCUACGGGGGGAUGCUCAGCGCCUACAUGAGGAUCAAGUACCCGCACCUCGUGGCUGGGGCGCUGGCAGCCAGCGCACCCGUUGUGGCUGUGGCCGGCCUCGGUGACUCCUACCAGUUCUUCCGGGAUGUCUCGGCGGACUUUGAAGGCCAGAGUCCCGAGUGUGCCCAGGGCGUGCGGGACGCAUUCCGGCAGAUCAAGGACUUGUUCGUACAGGGAGCCUAUGACACGGUCAGCCAGGAGUUCGGCACCUGCCGGCCCCUCUCCAGCCAGAAGGACCUGACCCAGCUCUUCGGGUUUGCCCGCAACGCCUUCACGGUGCUGGCCAUGAUGGACUACCCGUACCCCACCGACUUCAUAGGGCACCUUCCUGCCAACCCGGUCAAGGUUGGCUGUGACCGGCUCCUGAGCGAGACCCGGAGGAUCAAGGGGCUCCGAGCGCUGGCUGCCGGAGCAGCAGCUGAGAGCCCCGCCCCCAGGAGCCCCACGCCUCACGGGCACGCGUCCCCCACCGAGGGGGCAGGGUGGCCGUGCAGGCCCCCGGCCCCAGCGCCCCUCUCACCAGGGCUGGUGUACAACUCCUCGGGCACGGAGCCCUGCUAUGACAUCUACCGACAGUACCAGGCCUGCGCGGACCCCACAGGCUGCGGCUCGGGCCCUGACGCCAAGGCCUGGGAUUACCAGGCCUGCACCGAGAUCAACCUGACCUUUUCCAGCAACAACGUGACCGACCUCUUCCCCGACCUGCCGUUCACGGAGGGCCUCCGCCAGCAGUACUGCCUGGACACGUGGGGCGUGUGGCCCCGGAGGGACUGGCUGCGGAUCAGCUUCGGGGCAGGAGACCUCAAAGCUGCCAGCAACAUCAUCUUCUCCAACGGUGACCUGGACCCCUGGGCAGGGGGCGGGAUACAGAGAAACCUCAGCACCUCCGUCCUCGCUGUCACCAUCCGGGGGGGAGCCCACCACCUAGACCUCAGAGCGUCUCACCCACGAGACCCCACGUCUGUCCGGGAGGCUCGCAGGCUCGAGGCCAGGCUCAUCGGCGAGUGGGUGGCCACAGCCAGAAGAGAACAGCGGCUGCAGCUGGCCCAGCGUGGGGGACUCGGGGGGGGCUGAGGAGCACUCCCCGACUCGGGACCGGACAGGCCCGCUGGGGAGCAGCUCAGGGCGCUGGGGGUGAGGGGCUGAGGCCAAGGGAGGGGCCAAAGAAGCAUCUGGUGGCCUGGCUGUGCACAGCACAGCGCAAAGCAUGGUGUCUGCGGUCCUCAUGGGGUGACAGACCGGGCACACUGCCACACCUCUCAAGCCAGCCUCGUGUUUAAUAAAACAAAGCCCUCAA